UGUGGGAGAAACAUAACACAUUCUUUGGAAAGUUUCAUGCAUUGUUAGCAAGUGAAGGGGCUGUCGAUUUUCUUUACCUUUCCAUGCUCAGACUAAGAUGUUGGAGACAAAGCAAACUGGGCCCACCAUGCAGCUACCUUAAGAGCUACAGCAUCAGAGGGCCACGCAGUUCAGGGCUGCUUCCAGGAAGGCCCACAGGAACCCGGCCAGUCUACAGGGGUCACUAGUGCACGGUCCUUUCAAAAUGAGACCUGCGAUAGUGGCAUUGAUAUGGGCCUCUUCCUACACUUUUCCCUUAUCCCUGCACUUUUCAUCGUUGUCGUGCUGUGUUUUCUUCAGAGGAGAGUAAACAAAAUGGAAAUAGAUGAAAAAAUCGCCUUUCUGAAGGGACGCUUUGGAAUAAUUGUGCCCUUAGAUUUUAUUGGCAGUCUCAGUAACCGAUGGUCCUAUGGUUUUGCAUUUGGGGCAGUGGCUUCAAAUGUCCUGAUACUUUUCUCUGAAAAGUAUGUGCCAUUUAACGUUCCAUCAUGGGCCAAAGCUAUAGUUUCCCUGGUGGGUGCUCUGGAAGUGGGCAUUGCUUACUAUCCAAUUUUUAUCUGCCUGUCAACAGACUUCAAAGCUGUCGGAGGAGUGUGUGGAAUUCUGUACACACUAAUGCUGAUUUGUGUUUUACUUUGGAACAUAAUAAAAUGUCCCAGUAGCUCUGUUAUUGGCUAUCACCAGGAAAUGGCUGUCAACUGGCCCUCUCUGAUAUGCCUACUGUUCCUGCUAGCGAAAUUUAUUCACAAGCUGGUAAAGGCUAUCCGGGUCAAUCUGAGAUUUGAUAUGGAAGAAGAACAAGAGCAUAUUCUUCAAACCCACCAGGCUAGGCAUGUCCAGAGCUUGUUAAGGAGGCGAAAGUUGGAGAAGAAUUGGUUCCAAAGGAAGAUAUAUGACUGGGACCCUAAUUUCAAGUUCCCUAACAGAAUGAUUGGCACAUCUAUAAUUUCCUUAAUUUGCCUCUACAUUUUCACGCUUGCCGAAUACAGUGUCAGCGCUAUAGCAUUUAAAGAACUGGAUUUAUUUAAAGAGGCUCUGAAGGUGGUGGGUGAAUCUAGUAAUGAGACGGACAAUAUUUUGACAAAAUCAAUCCCUCAAAUUGAAGAAUUUAACAAGGUUGCCAAAGGUACCUGGUUUGUUACAACGUUUCUUGCAUGUGCGACCUCUGUAACCUACAUUUUUCAUAUCUUAGCAUGCUAUAGGAAACAUUUAAUGAGGCUGUGGGCUGGACAGAAAGGGUUUCUGCCACAGAAGUUUCAUAACCCCAGCCCUGCUGCAAGUGUGGCUGCCAUAGCAAGAUAUUCAGGUUGGCAGAUAGCUUACACUCUCUGGGGUUACCUCAUCCUUCACUUUGGCAUGUUCAUUUUUGGACUGGGCAUUGCAUAUGGAUGCAUUCUUCCGAUUCAAAAAGGACAUGGAUUGCAACUGUUAAAGGUGUUUGGAAUAAGCUUCCUAACCUUUGCCCUGAUAAUAGGAUUAGUGAUCAUUCAGAUUGUGAUUGCUCAAAUUUUCUUCCUUCAAGACAAGAUAUCACCCGAAGAUAAAGGGAAGCCAUUGGCCCUGAAUAACAAGAAAGCAUUCCAGAACUUCAGCUACUUUCUUUUAUUCUACAAUGCCAUCAUGGGUCUGGGUAACUGUAUUUUCCGGCUAAUAUGUAGCUUUGUUGUGGGAACAUGGCUGAUUUCUCGAAUAGACAGGACGAUAAUGCAGAGAGGAUAUGAAAGAGCAGAUCCAGGAUAUGGCACAUGGAUCAGCAUGAUAUUUUUUGACCAUUACCACAAUAACCCUGUCAUACUUUGCUUUUGCCACCUUCUACUGGCUGAAAAGACUAUAAUGCAAAGGAAGAAUUUGUCAUUGUACUGCCAGUUUAGCAACACUUCAGAACCAGCAGUGAACAGCAAAGCCCGCUCCAGGUGGCUUUUGCUUUACACCCUCUUUAACAACCCCUGUUUGAUUCUCCUUCGGAAGAGAAAGACUGCUUCCAACAGCCCGUCGUGCAGGAGGAGCUUGGACAGAAUGACAUUAACCUAUGGACUGGCCUCACGAUACAGGGGCAUGGUAAAGAAACCAGCAGAGAGCUCACCGGUCAACGGCAGUGUCUGUGUAUUUCUACCCCAGGGACUCUGUGAAUCUAAAGCUGUCCCAACAAGACGGGGAUCCUUGUAAUACAUCAGUGCUGUGCUGUCGAUUGCUUGAACAGAGCUAUAAAGAGCUUUAUAUACGGACAGUUGUGACCUUAUCGCAUAUUAGAAAUCACUGUGCUGCCUCACAGACCUUCAAAGAAUGGUAGUACCCAUGUUAUUUACUGUUACAGUUACCUAACAAUAAAAUCUAAUGACCAACUGCAGUACCUGCAAAUAUGAAUGCCUUUCAAUCUGAAGAUACUGUACCACCAAAGAAAAUCUGAAAAGUAGUAAGUAGACAUUUGUAAAAGUUUGUAAUCGCAGCAUGGAGCUCAAUUUUUUCUAUGACUGAAACUCAUGCUUUAACUUUUGGAAAAUCGCUGUCCAUACAGCAGUGCUUCCCAAAACAAGAACACUUUCAGAAAUGCAAAAUAACGUAUAGGUGUGAGGGGCUGGGGUUAUAAAAGGCACUGCGACGCCCUGUUGUGGUGGUUCAAGCUGUGUUGCAAGGUCAGCGGUUUUUCUGCUGAAUUGGGCUACUUCAAAAACACAGCCACGGGAACUGUUGAGCAGUCGCAGGAUGAUAAUGUAUUUAGAUUAGUGGUAUAACUUUAAAAGAUUGAAUUGUUUUCAUAUUUGCAAUAUUGUUUGGGAUACAAUACCAGCAUUAGUAUUUCAAUAAAGGGAUCACGCUUUAAUUCGGUUGCUGGUCCGUCCGUCUGGUAUAAAUGUUGAUUUGUUCCUUCAGAGCUUCCAUACGAAUUUGUUGACAGUGACGUGUAGAUGAGCUGUAAUGGGGCUUGUAGUUUUUGUCAAAAUUAUACUAGGUACUGUAUCUUUUCUUACAAAAGUUUUUGAUUGUUUUUUGCAUAAGCCUAUGUGUUAAUAAUAAGCUUCCUUUCAGUUAAAACAAAUAAUUGGGUUAUUUUUGAAGUAUUUUUUGUGACUUUGGACUAUAAACUCUGCAGAAAUCUAGCAACCCUGGGUGGUUGUGUCAUGGUUGGCAUGGUUCCAGACCUACAAUUUGCAUAAUAUAGAAUUACAUAUGCAUCAAGGGCUAAAGCGCACAGAGACAUUGCCCCUGUAAAUCAUGUCUUAAUUGCAUGUUUAUGCCAUUGCAUGGGUGUUUUACAAAUCCCAUCCAAUAAUUGUCUCUCCGACUCGCUGCUCCAGAGUUUCUCGUUUACCCUUUUUAGGUCAGAAUUAAGCCGGGAAGUCACGCUCCCCUGUACUACCUGCAUGAGCCCGAGAGGAUACAAAACAGUGCCUUUUUAUUCAGUCAUACACCCCGUAUAGUCCCACCCCCAAGCCAAUGACAGAACAUCAGCCACUCCACAAAUCUGGCCUGUAUGGUAGGGUUGCAAGAAGGAAGCCAUUACCCAAGAAAGCCCAACUUGAAUCCCG